AAUCAGCCGACUGUCUGAGAGUCAGAGGACUGAUCGAAGAGAAACCGAUAGUUCUGAUCAACACCCCAGACCUGCUGCAUCCUGGUGUCUCCCAGUACAAACUUACUAAACAUAUAGAUGACUGUGUGCGACUCUCUGCUCCUGGACCUCAUGUGUUCCUGCUGGUCCUACAGCCUGAAGGCUUCACUGAGGAGCAGGGACUGAGGCUCUGCACCUUCCUUGAAUAUGUCAGUGACCGUUACUGUGAUCACUCACUGGUUCUGAUACCAGAAUCCAGAGAGGAGAGGUCAGGUGUCAGGGAAGGCUACAUGAACCACUCCCCCCUAAAACACAUGAUCAGCCUGUGUAGAGGUCCGUUUUUAUGGAGGAAGACCACAGAACCGUCAGAACUGCUGGCACGCCUGUACCAGAUUGUGGAGGAGAACAGAGGAGAGCACAUGAGGAGUGAAGCGUUUGGAGAUCCAGCAUCUGCUCCACCUGGUGACCAGCAGAGACGGAGACAGGAAACAGCCUCUCCUCGCUCGGACACCGGUAAAGUUACCAAAUCUGCACUCCGAAUUGUGCUGCUGGGAAAAAGCGAAAGGGAAAAGACAAGACUUGGAAACUUCAUAAUCGGUACACAAGGGGCUCAUUUCCAGAAACAGCCUCCAGCCAGACAGUGUGUGGUCACCUACGGGGAGUGGAAGGAACAGUCUGUGGUUGUAGUUAAAGUCCCAAACAUCUUCAGCCUUUCUGAGGAGAUGGUGAAAGAGGAGCUGAGGAGCUGUGAGAGUCUGUGUUGUCCAGGACAAAACGUUCUGCUGCUGUUAGUGAAGCCCUCAACGUUCACAGAGAAGAAGAGGGAAACUCUGAAGUUCAUCAUGAGAUUGUUUGGAGGUUUAGCCAUGAGACCGAAGCCAGCUUUAAACCUGGUUGUGUGUGGGAGGAGAGGAGCAGGGAAGACCUCAGCAGCCAAGACCAUUCUAGGUCAGACAGAGCUUCACUCAGUCUCCAACUCCCCACAGUGUGUUAAACAUCAGGCAGAGGUGUGUGGACGUCAGGUUUCCCUGGUGGAGCUGCCUGCCUUGUAUGGAAAACCUCCAGAGGCCGUGAUGGAGGAAUCACUCAGGUGUAUCUCCCUCUUUGGUCCUGAGGGCGUCCAUGCCCUCAUCCUGGUCCUACCUGUGGAUCCCCUCACUGAUGAAGACAAGGGAGAGUUAGAGACCAUCCGGGACACGUUUGGCUCUUGAGUCAGGGACUUCACCGUGAUCCUGUUCACUGUGGAGUCAGAUCCUACAGCUCCAGCUGUUGUUGACUUUGUCAGAAAGAGCAGAGACAUCCAGGAGCUCAGACAGAGCUGUGGAGGAAGAUGUGUUGUUCUCAGCAUCAAGGACGGGCAGCAGGUCCCUGAGCUGCUCCACACUGUGGACACGAUGACACUGUCCAAGGACAAACCAUGCUGCUACACAG